UCCUAAAUUCAGCUCGAGUUAGGGCAAAAUAGGAAGUAUGGAGCUUGAGUAAUAUUGGGGCGUCCCCUCCCUCUCCCCGGCGCCGACUCUCUCGCCGCCGCAUGCCGCUCUGAAUCCGAUCUCUUUCGAGACAUUUACGAUACACAAUUAUUAGGGGUGAUUUGUUGUUGCAGCUGCGAUACAGCAUAAUUCUCGCGAUGGAGAACGGAAGCAGUUGUUUCUUUUCCAAUGUAGGAUUGCUAAAGUUUGCGAUUUUGCUGAUAAUUGGCGCUUCUACCUUGCUUUUGUUCCGGAUUUUGUAUGUUAUAUACCGAAGCAGCAAACAAUUACACAAUAGACCUCCAGGACCUCUGAGUACCUUGAUAGUUCUAGGUUCAGGUGGUCACACUGCAGAGAUGCUAAACCUGUUAGCUGUUAUGCAGAUGGAGAGAUUUAAACCUAGAUACUAUAUCGCUGCUGCCACUGAUAACAUGAGCCUUCAGAAAGCUCGUGUGAUGGAGGACACCUUGAAGAACAAGGCAGAAGCUGAGACAGUAGGCACUUCAGAUUUUAUGCAAAUUUACCGAAGUCGCGAGGUUGGCCAGUCUUACAUAACUUCAGUUGGCACAACUUUAGCUGCUUUAAGCGGGAGCAAGGAGAGUGAAGGGAGUGAGCCUAGAAGUAUCUCAACAAACAAGAGGAAUCCACAAGCAAGGGAAUCAAUUUUAGGGGAUGAAUUUGUGGGGGGAAAGGAGACGGCGAGGAGGCACUGCGACUCCGGCGAUAGUGUCGCUGAGCUCGACGGAAAUCGUGAGCACAGAGCUGACGGGCUGACGCUGGCAAAUUCAGCCGAGAGAGAGAGGGAGAGUGCUGGACGGAAAUGGGCGGUUGACGGCGUUUUCGCCGAGGAGGAGAAGCGCCGCCGGAGGAGGCGGCGGAGGACGGCGACCGAUGAGGGCGGCCGCGAGGCGGUGGCGGCGGAACAGGCGGCGUUGUCGCCGAGAGAGAGGAGGGAGGAGAGUUUAGGGUUUGUGAUUGGGGAAUUUUGGAAAUGA